AUGCUUAAGAAUCCAGUCCCCAAAUUUCUCUCACACUUUGAGAUCCCCUUUUCACCCGGGGUCGACUACAAGGCUCAAAGGGAAAAAAAGCAAAACCCCCAGGGCCUACGUCUUUCCCAACCUUUGCUGGAGAAAGCCCCCCCCCCCGUCAGAGGAGUGCGUUUCUCCAGAGCAUCUCAACCCAAAGGGAGCCUAGGCAGCCCCUUGCAUCCCACCCCAAGGCAAUGGAUUAUUGAGAAAUGGCAUCAACCCCUCAAGACAACCCUCGGGCCCUGUUACCCCACAGCCACAGGAUUUUGCAGCUCCCCGGGGUGCUUUUUGGGCUCAGGAAAAACACCUAAGAAGGAUCUUCCCCCAUUCCCCGGGAUGGAUAUGGUCAGCCCCUCAAUGUCCCAGGAGAAUUUUUCUCCAGGGGUCGAGCGACCUAAGCUAGAGGACCCCCCAGGGGCAGCCCAGAAAUUCCUCCGCAGUUUCACCAUCGCCCCAUUCCCACCCUACACCCACAGAUUGAAUGGCUGA